GUUGAAGUUUCCUCUUUUUGGAAAUGCAGCUAUGUUUUGAUUGGAGCCGACCGAACUUUAUCGAUAGGUUAGCACGAGAAAUCUUGAUUGAAUGGUGGGGCAAACUUGAAACGGACUGUGCUAAAAUCAGGCUGUUGCCGUGGUGAUUGCGAGUGUAACCUAUGUACAAGCGUACUACUCGAAACUGGCAAAUAAUAUUGCGCGGUUAUUGUUGAUCCUACCUGCCUGCCUGGUUGAACUACCUUGGCCUGCACCUGCAACCUGCACCUCACAGCAUUUUCCCCUCCAUUUUAGCUUCCUAGCUGCUUAGAUACAAACCCAGACACCGUCUCAAGCGGCCUCUUAAAUCUAGACACAUCACCAAAUUUCGUUCCUACUGCAAAAUCACUUGCAUUGAACAUUGCCGAACCUCUGCACAUUAAUUCCCGGCGCCACGCUGCCCUUUGCGCAUGCAAAUCCCACCAAAUCUACUUUCGUCUAUCUUUUGAUCGCCUGGGAUGCGUCAACUGAGUCAUUCGAGCUUCUGGGCUGCUUAACCAGAAAGAAGAGCGCGUUCAUUUUUCCACCGCGAAUACAGACGCUAUACUAGUUUGCUCAACGAAAAAAAAAUUCCAAUAUCAACAUUACGAUUGUUUAGGUCAAUGCGCCACGAAUUGCAAAUUACUUGACCUCCUUUACUUUCGCUUCCUACUCCAUGAAUACAAGAUAUCUAAUAUUUAGCUAUCACAUCACAACAUCGCUUUCAAGAUGGACGCGAGCUACCUCUCCCAACAAGUAAACACAAUAAUCGGCCAGUUACAUGGUCUUUUCGACGAUAUUGGUGUCGCCAACCAUGAUCGCGAAACUAGAGAAGCAGAGCUCUUCGCAGCUCUCUCCGAGACUCUCAACAACCAAGUAAAACAGGUAACAGCAGAGAAGAAAGAUUUACUAGACGAGGCGCAACGAAUUAUUACUAUAAUACGACAAAUGGAAGCAUCCCUCGAUGGUUCCAGGUCACAACAUGGCUAUGGCACCGAAGAUGAUGACCUUCGCGUCACUUUCCCGCUCACAAAGUGCCUAACGGUACUAAAAGAGAAGCAUAUGCAAAUAAGCAAGCUUCACCGUGAGCGAUUCGAGCAAGUAAAGAAACUUGUACAGGCACUCGAGUCCUAUUCAUCCCACCUCGAGCCAACCUUCGUAAAGAUUGCUCUACCACCCACAGGACCUAAGGAGUCCAUACCACCGACAUUCGAUCUUUCCCCUUCGUAUGUCAACAAAUUAGACGAUGAAUUCACCAGAGUUUACGAAGAGUAUACGCGACGAGUCUCCACAGUCAAGACUAUGUCGGAGCAGAUCAUCCAACUAUGGGCGGAGUUAGGCACUCCUCAAGCGCAGACGGACGGUGCGAUCGUAAAAUACUACCGAGACGCGCCCGAACAACUCGGUCUACACGAGGAAGAUCUAGCAAGGCUUCGUACUAAGAGGGAUAAGUUGUCAGACGAGAAGAAGAACCGAGAGAAGCGUCUAAGAGACCUCAAAACAUCUGUCGAAGCGCUUUGGGUUAAGCUAGGUGUCGAAGAACCGGAACGUAAGGCGUUCCUGAACGGCAACCGUGGCUGUGGCGUUCGACAAAUCAACGAGUUUGAGGAUGAGUUGGCAAGGUUGAACGAACUCAAGCGCCAGAACUUACAUCUUUUCGUGGAAGAUGCGCGAUGCAAGCUUCAAGAGCUAUGGGACGCGUUGUACUUCUCGGAGGAUGAGAUGCUUGAAUUCACGCCCGCUUUCUCCGACGUCUACAGCGAUGCGCUGCUUGAAGCCCAUGAACGCGAGAUCUCCCGAUUAGAAACUUUAAGGGAGCAACGAGCACCUGCUUUGGCCCUGAUCGAUAAACAUCGUACCCUUGUUCACGACAGAGAUGAGCUUGCCGCAUCUAGUCAAGAUGCAUCCCGACUCAUGAUGCGCGGUCAGAAGGGAGAAAGGCGAGAUCCCGGAAAGUUGCUGCGAGAAGAAAAGUUGCGAAAGAGAAUUGCAAAGGAACUUCCCAAAAUAGCCGCAGAACUCGUUAAGUUACUAGAGAAGUGGGAAGACGAGUAUGGCCGUCCAUUCCUCGUACAUGGCGAGAGAUAUUUAGAUGUUCUAGAACCCGAAGCUGCUAGGCCAGUCCCUGGCGCAAGAUCUAAGACACCGGCAGGUCCUCCUCCAUCAGCAAAUAGGGGACAAAAAGCAGCACCACCUAGCCGUGCUAACAGCAAUGCCAACAAAGCAGCUACCAUUACAAGGUCUAAGACGCCAACCGCGAAUGGGAAUGGAAAUGGCACGAUCAAGCGAGGCCCCCCUCCUAGUCAGGCAUCUAAAGAUCCAAAGGGAAGUCCGUCCAGAAUACCAGCACGAGUUCCUUUGUCGAACCUCAAGCACGGUAGUAAUUCUCCCGAAAGACCCAGACCUGAAUCACGGGCUCAGGGUGUUCUACGCCCCGGCCAUCCUCUUACACGGGCACCUCCUCCCAAGAUGAGGGAUCUAAGGCCACCUCCGGAGUUGGAGACCCCAGUCAACCCAUACCGAAAUGCUGGUCUUGGUUCAAGCAUUCAUGUUCGAGCUGUGGAACCUGAGGACGUAUACGAUGACCGAGAAUACGAACGAAACUCAUACCAAACUUACACAAGGUCACAUCCCACGCAAAUGUCUAUGCAAAGUGAGCGACUUGCUCAGUCCGCCUACCCACAAGCGCCUCCUCCACGACAGAUCUCAAAUACUUCUACAGUGGUGAGCGGAUCAGAGAAUUGGGAGACUUACGACGAUAACUCCGAGCCGGAACCAGACGCAUCUGAUGCUUACUACGCCAAAGUACGAGCCGCAAGAAACAAGCGAUUCACGCCAGAAGAUCCGUAUUCGCGCCAGCAAGCCAAUCAGAUUAAGAGACAACGAGGUCUCCCUCCCGCGAUGCAUUCAGGGAAUGUCAUGAUAGACGCUGAAGGAAACCGCAUCAUUUCUGGUAGUGAGUGGACCGAUGAGGAUGCCUAUUAAAAGCAUUUGACUGUUGUUGUUGCUGCUACUGGAUGAUAACGAGCUCCGAUAAGUUACGCACACACUAAAAUUACGCACGCAAUCCACUAUUAUAUGAUUCACGAGACGCCUCACGAUCUUGUCAGCAACGGCGCUCUUCCGGAAACACCUACUCAUCUUUUUUUCAACGUAAUAUUCUUAGCCAUGUGAUGGCACAUCACACUAUUCCCAUUUGCACAUUGGCUUACAUUGCUUCUUCCAUUCUGUUCCUUGUAUUUCUUCUUAAUUGCAUCAGGAUUUCGAUUCGCUGCAAGGCCCCUUAGGUGGAAUCCUACUGUCUACUAGCUUGAGAUUCGGUUGAAUACUCGAGCAAUAGUCGGCCGGUAGUACUUAGUCAGUUAACUAGCAUCCGGGCUGUUGCUUUUAAUGCUCGAGCUUGCGUUUGACUGUCGCUGGAAUUUUACAUACUCUCUGUUGGAACAUAAUCGGAAAGGGGGCCGAGGGCGGAGGGUUCAGCAAAGUAGGGGAGGGCGAUCGGAUUUUUUUUUUUUUUGGCAGGGCACAGGCGUCGGUACAUAAGGCGUUCGAGACGGAGAAGUGCAUGCGUGCCUGGUACAUUGUCUUGCUUUUUCUUCCUGGUUCUUAGGUAGAUGGUUGCUAGUUACUGGCUAUCGUCGCUGAAAUAAAACCGGCUUGAAGCCGGGAAUUUACCUUGAA